AUGGGAUUCGUCGGAGAUGAUUUAACGGGCAAUUGGCUGAGCAUUUAUGGCAGUGCAACUGAGGUGAUGCAUAUUGCGGCGACUACCUGCUCGAAAUACUACACGAUGGCGAAUACUGAGAAAAUAUCCGGCUGCAAGAAAUUUACAUGCGUUGUAAACGGUCCACACAAGGAAUACAUGAAAGCGGAAUUUGUCUUACGUUUCGAGUCGGAUGAAGCGGGCACCAUCAGGUUAACAAAAGAUGACUUGGAAAAGCAAAACGCAGGAACUGGUUACGACCUUACCAACAUACAAGUCAAUGUUCUAACUGCUAUAGCUUAA